ACUGUCAAGUGUCAUUCAUGACAAAUGAAUUUGUUAGUCAUAGAAUUGUAUGCACCAAAAUAUUCAGAUAAUAUUGUAAGAUACCUAUUAGAAAUGUGUCCGUUUGAUAUCUGUGAUACUAAAUGUUAAUAUCUUUAAUAUCAUGAAAUAUUAACACUUAAGAGAAUAUAAUUGAUAUAAGAGAAAUAUGGCGUUGUACGAAGGAAUCGCGUUAAUACAAGAGAAACAGGCCGUCGUGUUGGACCUCGGCACUGAUUACACUAAGUUCGGCUUCACGGGCGAGGCGGCGCCGCGCUGCAUCGUGCGCUCGCAGUUCUGGUGCGCGCGCGAGCGACGCCUGCGCCGCGUGCACGACUACCGCUCGCCCGACGAGCUCUACGACAACCUCGUGCAGAUGCUGCAUCUGCUCUACUUCAGACACGUGCUGGUGAACCCUAAGGAGCGCAAGGUGGUGGUGGUGGAGUCGCUGCUCACGCCCACGCUGUUCCGCGAGACGCUCGCCAAGGUGCUGUUCACGCACUACGAGGUGUCGGGCGUGAUCUGGGCGGACCGGCCGCGGCUGAGCGCGCUGACGCUGGGCGCGGCGGCGGCGCUGGUGGUGGCGCUGGGCGCGCGCGAGGCGGAGGUGGCGCCCGUGCUGCACGCCGCGCUGCUGCUGCCGGCGCUGCAGGCGCAGCCGCUCGGCGCCCGCGCCGUGCACGCCGAGCUGGCGCGGCUGCUGGACGAGCACCACGGCGCGCCGCUCGCGCUCUCCGACGAGGAGCUCGAGGAUAUCAAAGUGAAGACGUGCUUCGUGAUCCCCCGGGCGCGCGCGCUGCAGUGGCAGUCGGAGAGCCCGCCGGCCGCCGCGCGGGACGUGCUGUGCGGCCGCGUGCUGGUGCCGGGGCGCGCGCGCGAGCUGGCGGCGGAGGCGCUGUUCGCGCGCGACGCGGAGCUGGGCUCGCUGGGCGACGCCGUGCUGCAGUGCCUGGCGCGCUGCCCGCGGGACGCGCGGCGGGCGCUGGCGGAGAGCAUCGUGCUGACGGGCGGCGGCGCGGCGCUGCCGGGGCUGCGCGCGCGGCUGGCGGCGGAGCUGCGGGCGCUGGUGGCGGAGGAGCCGUACGCGUCGCGCCUGCACGUGCGCACGUUCAAGUUCCACUCGGCGCCGGCGCAGCCCAACAGCGUGGCGUGGCUGGGCGGCGCGCUGCUGGGCGCGGGCGAGGCGGGGUCCGCGCGGGCGCAGGCGCGGGAGCAGUACGCGCGGGAGCCGCGGCUGCGCGACUGGGUGUGUCUGCUCGACAACACGCCGCCCGCGCACCCGCAGCGCCUCGCCGCCGACAUGUAGCCGCCGGCAUGUGGCCGCCCGGCUGCACAGACCCAAGUGGAGCUACACUUAGCUCCACCCAGCUCAAGCUAGGUGUAGCUUGCCAAAUAUGGCUACAUGUAUGCUUUUUUCGGUUACAACUGUAGGUAAAGCUAUAUAUAAAGCUAUAUAUAACUAGGUGCAGCCGCAGUUAGGUGUAUACUAUUCAUCACAGUGAUGGAUCUUCUGCAAUGUCACUGUGGAUGACUCACAACCCUGAUGAACUCGUGACGUCACACUAUUUCGUCUUUAGAUUCUCCCCAUAUGAUCUCCUCCUCUAUAAUAUGUGUAAAUUUUUUUCCCCUAUGGAUGUAACUACUUACAUAAUGUACUAACCCUACUAAUUCUCCGUUAUAUUUAUAUUCCUCAUAAACGCGCUUACGUACUUCCUCUACAUACACCUUUAUAUACUUUAUUAUUUAUAUAGUUCUUUACGUACCCCUGUAUACUUCCUUAUGUAUUCCCCUUUGUAAUUUUAUAAUUAUUAUUUUUUACAAUAUCAGAUCGGACAAUCAGUUGGGACUGGGGAAAGAAUAGUAAAGAAUCUCAAAAUAAAGCCGCCACGAUGCUUAACUGAACUGAAAAUCUAAUUCUAGCUGAUGAGAAAUAGGAUAUACGUAACUCUAGCCACGGGUGAUUACACCUAGGUCUGGCCGCUAUGAAGCUUCACCUAGUUGUGACCGAAGAGCAGUAGCGGCGUAAGGGGGGGGCGGAGGGGGCGGUCCGCCCCGGGUACCACAUCUGGGGGGGUGCCAUCUCGGUCGGCACAUAUCUGCAUGACCAGGAUGAUCGAGGUGGGACUGAAAGGGGUGUCACCCCUCUCAGUCCAGCUGUCACCCCUUUCUUGUAUUUUUGCUUUUACCUGAUAACUUAAAUUAAUUACUCAAUGUUAUAGAAAUUUAUAAAAAAUCCGCUCGCUUCGCUCGCGGUUUUUUAUAAAUUUCUAAUUUAUUCUGCGCUUACUUUGUGAGUCCUCAAUCUAACAAAAAAAUCCAGCAACGAAGUAGCAAAAACAACAGACGCUCGCUUCAUUCACGGUGUCUUUUUAUUUGUGCUUAAUUCUGAGUUAAAUUUAAGAGUCCUCAAACCAACAAUUAGAAAAUUCACGUUACGGUGGAUAUUUCUAAGCUGUUUUGGCGCUGUUUGUAAGCGGUAAAGGAC